AGAUUUUAUUUUAGAGUGGGCAACAUUUUAUUUUACAUUGUAGAAUUUUAUGAGAACGAGCAAGACCACGCGAAUCGUGAUUGAAAAUUUUGAUUUUUGUGCCUUGUUGAAUUAAGAAUUUAAAUAUUACUCAAAAUGUAUGGACAGCAACCUAUAAUAGUUCUGAGCCAAAACACCAAACGUGAGUCGGGCCGGAAAGUUCAACUUGAAAAUAUAUCAGCUGGAAAGACAAUAGCGGACGUUAUCCGAACAUGCCUCGGUCCUCAAGCUAUGUUGAAAAUGUUAAUGGAUCCCAUGGGAGGUAUCGUGAUGACCAACGAUGGAAAUGCUAUUCUUAGAGAAAUAACUGUGCAGCAUCCAUCAGCUAAAACUAUGAUAGAAAUCGCCAGAACUCAGGAUGAAGAGGUUGGUGAUGGAACCACAUCAGUGAUUGUUCUAGCAGGAGAAAUGUUGGCUGUUGCGGAGCCGUUCCUAAUUCAAAACAUACAUCCAACUGUUAUCAUCAGGGAAUACCGUCAGGCCCUUGAGGAUGCUAUCAAACUUCUCCAGGACAAGAUCUCAGUGCCGAUUGACCUUAAUGACAGAGACAAGCUGAAAGAAGUGAUCAGAUCUUGUGUUGGCACCAAGUACAUUGGUCGCUGGGCAGAUUUGGCAGUGGAUAUUGCCUUGGAUGCUGUCAAUACUGUCACAGUGAAUGAGAACGGAAGAAUUGAGGUUGACAUCAAAAAUUAUGCAAAAAUCGAAAAGAUCCCUGGCGGAACUGUGGAGGAGUCCCGUGUACUCAAUGGUAUAAUGAUAAACAAGGAUGUUACCCAUCCCAAGAUGAGGAGGUACAUUGAGAAUCCUCGUAUCAUCUUGUUGGAUUGUCCAUUGGAAUAUAAGAAGGGAGAGAGUCAGACAAACAUUGAGAUUGUCGGUGAACAGGAUUUCACAAAGCUCCUACAACUAGAAGAAGAGUUUGUACAAAGACAGUGUGAAGAUAUCAUUGCUCUUAAACCUGAUAUUGUAUUCACCGAGAAGGGAGUCUCUGAUUUGGCACAACAUUAUCUUGUUAAGGCCGGCAUUACAGCCAUUCGUAGACUUCGCAAAACAGACAAUAAUCGUCUAGCGCGUGCUUGUGGUGCAACAAUCGUCAACAGAACCGAGGAGCUGAAGGAAUCUGACGUCGGCACCCAGGCUGGCCUCUUUGAGAUCAAGAAGAUGGGUGAUGACUAUUUCACAUUUGUCACUGAGUGCAAAAAUCCUAAGGCGUGUACAAUUCUACUCCGCGGAGCUUCAAAGGAUAUUUUGAACGAAAUUGAGAGGAAUUUACAAGAUGCUCUGCAUGUUGCUAAGAAUCUGGUAGUCAACCCGCGCCUGGUGUGCGGCGGAGGAGCAGUGGAGAUGUCUUUGUCGCAGGCUCUGUCGGCCAACUCGUCACACAACACGCCUUACCGGGCCGUCGCUCAGGCGCUCGAGAUAAUUCCGCGCACGCUGGCACAGAACUGCGGCGCGAACACGAUCCGCACGCUGACCGCACUGCGGGCCAGACACGCGGCCGGUGCAGGGGGCAGCACGGCCGGCAUCGACGGAGAGAGCGGAGAGAUCGUGGACAUGGCCGUCAAGGGCAUCUGGGAGCCGCUGGCCGUCAAGAUGCAGGUGUACAAAACAGCCAUAGAGACUGCGAUUCUUCUGCUGAGGAUUGAUGAUAUUGUGUCCGGUUCCAAGAAGAAGGACAACCAGGAGGCUCAGGCACCCGCUCAGAUGGCCCAGCAAGAAUAAACCUACUAACGUUUAAACUCUGCUUUAAAUAUUGACUUGUAAUACCUUGCAUAUACAGACUGGCUUACUAUUAAAUAUUUCUCAUAAAUGGGAUAAAAGUCAGUGUUGACUGUCUCAAUAGCUUUCACUUCUGCUAUGAUUGUUGCCAGGUCUGCGGGGGAAAAUAGCUUUUCCUUGGGGGUAUAGUUAGGGCUCGUCUAUUCUAAGUUCAGGGUCCCUGUGUUACAUUUGGUCAAACCCAUUCUGAGCCGUUUGAGCUGAAAGUCGAAAUUAUUAAAUUGCAGCAUUCAGAUCUACUUUGUAGAACUUUCUUUGGACAGUAUUUUGUGAACAUAUGGCUGGAGUCAUUUAAAGAUCUCCUAAUCCAUGAAAAGUUAAUGAUUUGUUAAAUUCGUUUUGUUAAUUCUAUAGUCUUUGCUUUACGGUCUAAAUUCGUUUACUAUUUACACCAUUUACUUUAUAUUAUCAUUGUUGACUCAAGUUGAUCUUUUUAUUAGGACUUUAUCAUUUUGCAUAAAAAAUACAUUAUAGUGAAAUAAUUAAGUUCUUAUAAAAUUCUAAUAAGAAUAGACAGUUGAAUUUUCUUGAAUAUCUUUAUAUCCUUUUUAUACAGCCCAGUGCAUAUGAAUUUGAAUUGUAUUACAAGUGAAUAAGGUUGCAUAUUAACUAUGUGUUAUAUCCACUAUAGUUUCGUACGCUAGAUACUCUUAAUAUUACUAUUUUAACAGAAAAAUAAAGCUUGUUUCCAAGUUUCUUGUUUUGUACUUCACCAUGAUUUAAUUUUAUUGAUAAUUAUUUUUAUCUAUUAUUAAUAACAAAAAAGAUGCCUCAGCUUUCUUCUUUUGAGUUUCGAUCAAUUACUUUGUGUUUUAUUUUAUAGUUCAAAAAAAUAGCAGGGCUACAUAAACACACACACCCUUGUUUUCAUUCCUUAAAUUGCUCUACAAAAAAAAACAGAUCUGUACAGAGACCGUAAGAUUGUAAUAGAUAUAAAAUUAUAGACUCCAGUGUCCUUCACUAACUUCAGGCUACUGCUAAUUAAUUUGCGACUACACCACUUGAUCAUUUUAUUAUGUCAAUAUAGUUGGUAUAACAUGCACCAAAUUAUGAAACGCUCUAAUGGCGUAUUAUGAUGUAAGGUCAGCAAAUAAACAAUCACUCGAUGAACAAAUAGUAGUUUCGACAACGAGCAAAGAUUUUUGCUUGCAGUACAUGUUAAAGCAUAUCAUGCCGUAUGAAAGAGCGGCCAGACAUGUCUUUUAUUCCAUCGUAGAUAAUGACAAGAUCAAGUGUUUGUUGUGUACAAAAUAAUUGCGCUAGUUAUAGGAUAGUGAUGAGGUAGUGCGGUGUAUCGCGGUACGCUACGCCAUUAGAAGUUUUGUGAAUAUUCGCAACGCACUAAUGAUUUAUUGCAUCGAAGUCUGUGAAUACUCGACCUUGAAAUAUUGAAUUGUACCAAGCAACCCGUUGUCUAAUAUAAUAUUGUCUGCUUAAAAUAUAAAAAUAAUCUUUCACAAUUAUCUAUAUUAAACAGUUAAUUUUUAACUGCAUUUUUAAUUAUUAGUGGAUGAAUUUUAUUUUAAUAUUUGAUUUAGUUUUGUUUGUCUAACAGAUGAGGUCACAUUUAUGUUUAGUUUGAAUGGAACAAUAAUAGUAUUAAACGUUUAAUAUUUAA